GACAGUCACUGUCUAUGUGCAAGCUUGCAGGCAGCAGAAUCAAACAUGUUUUCCCAAAGGACUUAAUAUCCAGUAAAACCCAGGAGGCAUCGAUAAACCAGACUCAGAGCUGUAGACAGGUCACUGUUUUGACAGUAAACACUUUCCAAAAUGUGGAAAAGGGCGAAGAACACAGGUCCAGGUGCCAGCAGACGAAAUUUCUCCAUCGUUCAUCAGUACAUUCAACAUUUCAAUGAGGUGUCUGGCAACAAGUCAGAUUUUCUUCGUUUUCACUCCGUCAUCCGGGGAAGAUCCAAGACUCCUGGAGUAAUCAUCACACAGUAUACAGUAAACAUCCCAGAGGGGAAAAGCACCCCAGAUUUCCAGCGUAAACCAAUCCCAAUAACUAUUAAGGAAGGAAAGUUUGCGAUUUUCAAGGCCUUGGUAAAAGGGGAUCCCAAACCAGAGGUGUCAUGGAGAAGAGCUAAAGGGACUAUUUCAGACAAGGACAAAUUUCAGACUAGAUAUGAUGAUUCAACUGGAGAGCAUAUACUAGAGAUCCACAAAGUGUCUGCUGCGGAAACAGAUACAUAUAAAUGCACCGCUGUGAAUGAAUAUGGCAAAGCUGUCUGCACAGCAACAUUAACUGUGACUGGGGCUUCAACAAAUCCAUCCGAUUUCAGAAAAUUGCUGAGGAAAAGUAAAGCAGAUGAAAACCAGAUAAAACAAGCAGAUGGGGAAACUGAUAAAAGAUUCUGGGAUACGAUGCUGGAUGCUGACAGGAAAGACUAUGAGCACAUCUGUACAGAGUUUGGUAUUGCAGACAUUGAUUUGGUUCUCAAGAAACUAGAAGAGAAGAGGAGGGAGCGCGUGCAAAAUAAGUGUCAGGUAUGA